UGUCCGCCCCGGGGGCCCCGGGGCCUGGCCGGGACGCCGGAGACCAGGCGCCGGCGAAACCCGCGCCCACCGCGUCGCCAUCGCCGGAGUCGUCGGGGUCGCGGCCGAGAAUCGCGAGGCCCGGGACCCGCAGGUCGUCCCUGCCACGCCCGGCUCGAUCGGGCGGGAUGGCGGCCACCGCGUGGCUCCAGGCCGGUCUGGCCCGGGUGCUCUUCUACCCGACGCUGCUCUACACGGUGUUCCGCGGGAACGUGCGGGGCCCGGCGCACCGCGAGUGGUACCACCGCAUCGAUGCCACCGUGCUGCUGGGCGCGCUGCCGCUGCGGGGCCUGACGCGCCGGCUGGUACAGGACGAGAACGUGGGCGGGGUGAUCACCAUGAACGAGAAGUAUGAGACCAGGUUCCUGUGCAACUCCUCCAAGGAGUGGAAGAAAGUAGGAGUUGAGCGGCUGCGGCUCAGCACAAUCGACAUGACUGGGGUGCCCACACUGGCCAACCUCCACAGAGGAGUCCAGUUUGUUCUCAAAUACCAAAAGCUGGGCAAGAGUGUCUACGUGCAUUGUAAGGCUGGGCGUUCCAGAAGUGCCACCAUGGUGGCAGCGUAUCUGAUUCAGAUGCACAACUGGAGCCCAGAAGAGGCUAUAGGAGCCAUCACCAAGAUCCGGUCACACAUCUACAUCAGACCUGGCCAGUUGGAAGUUCUUAAAAAGUUCCACAAGGAGAUUUCUGCAAGGGCAACAGAAAAUAACACUACUCACAGAUCUAACACAUCAAAAACUCAAAAUGUCCCUGCUUGAUACAGAAUAAAUUUUAUAGUAAUGAUGGAGUUUAAGCCAAACUUGAUGUAACAGAAAUAUGCUUAGUAAUGGGUAA